AUGAAUAAGUUGAGGCUAUCACCUGCCGAGGAAGAGGCCAUAAAGAGGCAGCAUGCUCAUAGAGAGCGGAUCAAGAGGAUGAUGGCAGUCAGGCAUGGUGAGGUUAUACGGUCUAAGAGGAUAAUAGCCCGAAUGAAGCUGGCUGAGGAUAUGCAGUGUAAAGAGGAUAAGAAGCAUAGCAUAAUACAUAAUAUCAAUAGCUAUAAGGAAGAGUUAAGGGCCUUGAUACAGGCAAAGGAGGAUAUAGAGGUUACACUAGACCAGGGACGGCGGAAUGCUCAUGCCUUCACAACAGCAUUGUCUUCGGGUUUACGUCAACAACAACAACAAGGUUUGAGGGAUGAGGAGUUGGUAUGGCUACGGUAUCAACAUGCAUUGGAUGCUAUACACCAGGAGAGGGGAAGAGGGGAGGAUGAUGAGGUUGUAAAGAGGAUUAUAGAUGCUAGGGAUAAGGCUAAUAAGUUGUCUAGCAGUUUCAAGCCUAAAAAUACUCAAUUCUUUCCAUCUGAUGAUAUUUUUAUUAAGAAUGAAAAGGAUAAUAAGAGAGGUGCAUGGAUGAGCCAUGAUCUAUUGACUCAAUACGCUGAGACAGCUUUCCAUGCAUACGAUAAUCCUGGGGAGGUAGCAGAUGAUUCGAUACUAGAAGAUAGCUGUAGGAAGAGGAAGCCAGUACUCCCUCAUGAUUGGGAUAGUAUAGUUGCUGAUAGGGGUAGGAAGGCUCUAAUGAAGGAGAGGGAUAGAAUAAGGUGUGAGGAGGCCGAAAGGGACAUUGAUGUAAAGACCUCCCUUUUACAACGCUACAUGCAACGUAAAGCUAAGGCUGAUAUUAUAGUGACAGAGAGAGCUAGGAAGAUUGGUGAAGAGAGGAAGCAACCACUAGUGGAGGUUGCCACCAUUACAACGAUACCGGGGAAGGAGGAUGCUGUUCCUAUCUCACAAGAGGCUCGGGAUGAGGUGGUAGAGCAGGUGAUAGAUGAUGAAGGAGAGGGUCGGAUGCCAAGGUUGGAUGCUGCUGGCCUGAGGGAGGGAAAAGAAGAGGGGAUUGAAAGGAAUGGUAUAGAGACGGGAGAGAGGGUCCCUGUGAUAGGGGAGGGUGUACAAGGGCCGGAGGAGAGGAGCCCAAAGGGGGUAGAGGAGGAGUCGAAGGAAGGGAGCUCGGGAGUAGGAGUUGAAGGACAGUUAGAGGACAGGAAGGAACAACAGUCGGAGAGGCCACAGGUGGUGGUGGAGGAAGUAGAGGGGAGUAUUAUGCAGGAGGGUGGAGCUGAGGUGGAGAAACUGUGUGAGGAGGGUCCUGUGGAGGAAGAGAGUAAUGAGGCUGAGGAGAGGCCAUCAGAGGGGAAGAGACAGCAACAGGAAGUGGAGAGGAGACCACAGUACCUCAGGAAGGCCUCCCAAGCACCUAAGAGGCUGUCCCAGGGGAAAUCGGAGGAGGAGAUGAGACUACGGGCUAGUGUAAAGGAGAGGCCAAAGGACAAUCAACAGGAAGUGGAGGGGUCAUCGGUGAGGCUUAGGCCGAUGAAUGGCAAACCGCGUGGAGUGAACAAUGCGGUAAAGCAUGGAGUAAGGAAGAGUCAAGAACGGGAGGUAAAGAGGAGGCCACAGGGGACAUGUCCUCGGCGAUCGGAUGUGAUCGGUACCCAACAGUCUAGUGGUAGAGUAUCUCAAGAGGAGUUGUGGGUAGUGGUUAGAGGGAAGGAUGGGGAUAGGACUCCUACUGUUGAUCCUACUGUGGACAAAGGGAGUAUUGAUGUGCUUAAGGAGGUUGAUAAGCAUGAGGGAGCAGUCCUUGGGGUGGAGGUGAUGGUUGAGGAACAACAACAGCAACCAUCGCGGCCUAUACACGAUGACGUAUGCCCUCCUACGACUAGGGCGGCGGCCAUAACAUCCUUCCUAUCUGGGGAGGAUAGAGCCUAUAGGGAUGAGUCCAUGAUGGGGAGGGGGGUCGAUGGGUUAUCUCUAUCAUUACUGAGUUAUCCAUCUGACGAUACUAGAGAUAGUAUUGAGCAACUGAUUCGACAAUAUGAGAUGCCAUCUCUUGAGAAGGAGGAGCCAAUGGUGAUGAUGGAGGGAGAGGAUGAUUGGAAAGCACAAUUGGACAAUCUAAAGAAGGAAUUGGAUGAGGUCAUAUCCUAUUAA